AGAUGAUCAAAAAUGACAUCACUCCGAAAUGCACAGGAACAAUUUUAGUAUAUCCGAGAUAUUUCAGUACCAAUGCAACAAUUAUGGCUCCGUUUGUAACGGUUUACCGCAUGGAUUCUAUUGCAUUGGCCUUCCGAAUACUGGCAUAAAUCUAAUUGCUCCAUCCAUGGAAAUGAUAUAUCCAAAUAUUGCAACAACACAUCCUAUUGUUGAUCAGCAGAAUGAUGUGAAUCAUGCAAAUUCUGGUUAUAAUUUGACGGCAGCAACUGUGGGUGAUUAUGUUUUUAAUAAGUUGACAGCAACAGAGGUUGAUAAGCAAUUAGACAAACUGGAUGAGAAAACAGAUGUGCAACCCUUUCCUGAUAAAAUAGCUGUGUUGUCUUUGUAG